GACCAGUCAUCCCCCUACGACGUUAUGCUGCCCAGCGAGUCCCAGUUCGCCGACUAUGUGGGGCGCCUGGGUGUCAGCAAUGACACCCAUGUGGUGGUGUACGAUGGGGACGAGCUGGGCACCUUCUAUGCCCCCCGUGCCUGGUGGAUGUUCCGGGUCUUUGGGCACAAGGAGGUCUCUGUGCUGAAUGGCGGCUUCAAGAACUGGGUGAAGGAGGGCCACCCCGUCACGGCGGAGGUCAGCCAGCCUGCCCCGGCUGUCUUUAAGGCCAAGCUGAACACAGCCCUGCUGAAGACCUUCGAGGAGAUGAUGCAGAACGUGGGGUCCCUGCAGUUCCAGGUGGUGGACUCCCGCCCGGAGGCCCGGUUCCGAGGGACUGAGCUGGACCAAGGGCUGGAAUCUGGUCACAUCCCUGGUGCCGUGAACAUACCCUUCCACACAUUGCUAACAGAAGGUGGCCAUGAGAAGAGUAUUGAAGAGAUCCAAGAAAUAUUCCGUGAGAAGAAAGUGGACCUCUCAAAGCCUCUGACAGCCACAUGCCGCAAAGGUGUCACGGCAUGUCACAUUGCCUUGGCAGCCUACCUGUGUGGCAAGCGUGAUGUGGCUAUUUAUGACGGUUCCUGGUCAGAGUGGUUCCACCGUGCCCCACCUCGGUACAAGGUCUCUGAGUUGAAGCGCAGCAAGGCCUAGAGGGAGAGUUGUUUCUU